GGAAAAUUGGUGAAACUGGGUAAAAACGGCAAGCUCCGAUAUGGCGCGUCACUCGCGUUUGGUCCGAUUCUGAAUCGACUUUUACUCAUCGUUCGUGCCCACCACGCCCAGUGUCCGACCUCCUCUUCUCGUUGCCGUCCACAGCGACGAGCGUCCUUUUACCUUUGUUUUCACUGCGUAACGCAGUGGACGCGCGUUUAUGGCUACCCCUUCGUCUUCCGCCACGUCGCCAUCACCUCCCAUGACUUAUAUCCCUCACGCAUCUGCCGGAUCCCAGUCGACCGGGUCGCUGCCUACAGAGGCCUUCGACAGAGAGCACAAGAAAAAAGCCGUUCAGAAAUUUCUAGCCAGAGCCGAGCUUUCAAACGUUACCCGUGCACUGCGAACACGCUUAUCCUAUGCCUCCUACAAAACUACCAACAACGCCCCCAAUGCCUCUUUACGUGACUUUGAAUCGCAGAGCCAGUCUCCAGGCAAUUCGUCCACCUUCGCCCGCAGCAACACCGCCAGACGCAAGCCACCGAUGGCCAGCAGCUACCACGCCAAUCUAGCUACUCAUGGAAUGGGUGGCGCAAGUACUACUAGCAGUCCUCUUCGAAGGGGUACUUCGGGUCCGAUCACGCUGACAGCCGGGCUCUCGUCGCGCGGCAGUUUUUUGGGUGCCAAUGGUACUCCUACAAAUGCAGGGGAUCCCAGCAGCAGCACGUCGCGACAGUCAGUCGGUGGGCCGACUCUCUUCACAUCUAUCUUGGCACCACCGCCUACGCAGCAGGCGCGCACCAUCCUGAACGCUAACGAUCCACCCGUUGCUCCUCCUAUACGACCUGCUCCGUCCCCUCAGACACAGGGCGGCAGGGUAGCGCGAAGCAUCGCAGAGGGAACGCGUGCACAUUCUAAAAGUCAUCGCCCUGACGGAGCUGGAUCGAGCAAAGGCAAGCACCGAGCUAGGACAUCGGGAGGCGAUGCGGAUCGUGGUGACCUUGACGCAGACGGCGAUGUUGAUAUGAAGGCUGCUCAGACUCUGACUUCUCUGCUUCUGCACCACCGACCGUCAAUAUCUGGCAGUGUGUCUUCACCACGCUCGAGUUUCGACGGAUCAGACGCCGGGUCCACUCCAUCAUAUUCACAGUAUACUCAGAGUUCUGCUCGGGGCUUUCCCAAUACGGGUCCACCUCCAUCCUCCAGUCUCGCUUCGACGUCUACCAUUUCUGUUGGUUCCUAUCGCGAUAAGACACCUCCCAUGUCGAGUGCGCCCCCGGCUCAGCAAACAGCGCCACGACCAGCACCUACUGACAAUGAAGCUGCGGAUCUAAUGUUGUUCCUAGCAACAUCCCCGUCGCCUGCGCGUCCGUCCAAUAAGGACGCCAAGGACAUGGCCGCGUAUCGUACAUUAGGAGGCGGCGCGGGAGUGUUGCGGGCCAAGGGCCGGGUUUUGUUUCCCACCGCUCCCGGUGAACCAAACAGUCAAGAUGCGGGCAGGGCCAAUCCUCGUGGGUCAGGGUCUGGGCUAUCCCGCGGUGGAGAAAGCAGCUUUACGUCUAGCAUCUCCAGCAUUGGAAGCGAUUUGGGUGGGCGACGCGAUUCCAUUCCAAGCAUCGAUAGAUCAACGAAUCGUUCGUCUACACCUUCUCAGCUCCUUCCACCUCCGUCUUUUCCCCCGCAAACGUCCGUUCCGUCGAGUCCAUCAGGCCGCCGGAAGUCAGUUGAUGGUAGCCCAAGACCAGGAUCAGCCCAUGAUUUCAACUUCCAUGAUUUUAUUAAUGCGUCUCCUUCACCAUCCCGAGGCUACCCCCAACACAACAGAUUAACCGGCUUGCGUGCUGACGUUGGAAGAAAGUUGUUUGAGGGAGAACAAAUGCGUCUGGGAAUGCAAAGUGGUCAUAUGAAGAGACCGGACGACCGAGGCCUGGGUGCAGGAAUCGAUUUGUUGAAGAGUUAAUGCAAAGUGCAUCUGCUUUUCUCUCUCAUAUUUAUUUUCUAGCCACAUUUGAUGGUGUAUAGACUCUCGUGUGUGCCAUCCUGGCCAUACGCUCGACCGCGUCUCUCGUUUCCAACCGGCCCUCAUGUGUCCCUUUCGCUUCAUCGUUCCUCCUUCUGCCUGCUAUGUUGUAUCAAUCAAGCGGACUACACUAACAAGUUGUAUCAUCAGCACAAACAACAUC